AGGAGAAAGAAGCGAUCUUUUACGGAUCCAGGCUGCUGAUGGAGUCCGCCUUGUCGAAUUCGUCGGGGAUCGAGGACCUGAUGCCGAGGGGAUUGAGGGGGAUGAACAAUUUGGGGAACACUUGCUUCAUGAGCUCGGUGCUGCAGGUGUUGCUGCAUACGCCGCCGUUGAGGAAUUACUUCCUGAGUGAUCUGCACAAUAGGUUUGUUUGUCAGCAGAAAUGGAGGAAGAAGAAGGUCGGAAAUGGCGGGAACGGGAAUGCGAGGGUUUGUUUGGCUUGCGAUCUUGAUGCGAUUUACUCGGCGGUGUUUUCUGGUGAUCGGGCGCCUUAUAGCCCUGCCAAGUUUCUCUAUAGUUGGUGGCAACAUGCAUCGAACCUUGCAAGUUAUGAACAACAGGAUGCACAUGAAUUUUUCAUCUCUAUGCUUGAUGCGAUCCAUGAGAAGGUGGAGGGAGACCAAAUUCGACCUCCAACGCAGAGCAAUGGAGAAUGUUGCAUUGCACACAGAGUAUUCUCUGGCAUCUUGAGAUCAGAUGUGAUGUGUACUGCAUGUGGUUUCGCAUCUACAACAUAUGAUCCAUGUGUCGACAUCUCUUUGGACUUGGACUCAAUCCAGAAUCCACCAAAGGUGGCGGCUCGCUCAAAAUUUCAUGCGCGAAAUGGAAAUUUAGACUCAAACACAUCCAGCCAAACUUGCGAGAUGUCUACUCUCAUGGGAUGCUUAGAACGGUUCACAAGACCUGAAAGGUUAGGCUCUGACCAGAAAUUCUUCUGCCAAAAUUGUCAAACGAGACAAGACUCCCUAAAACAGAUGUCCAUCAGAAAACUCCCUUUAGUUACUUGCUUCCACAUCAAAAGAUUCGAGCAUUCCCCUGUCAAAAGGAUGUCACGAAAGAUUGACCGCUACUUGCAAUUCCCAUUAUCCCUCAAUAUGGCACCUUAUCUUUCGUCUUCUAUACUUAGAACUAGGUAUGGGAAUCGAAUAUAUUCCUGUGAUGCAGAUGAUUCAGAUGUGGCAUCUGAGUUAGCUUCAGAGUUUGAAUUGUUUGCAAUGAUCUCCCACAGCGGUAAGUUAGAAGCUGGGCACUAUAUAACGUACUUGAGGCUCAAUAACCAAUGGUUUAAGUGUGACGAUGCUUGGAUCGUUCAUGUCACUGAGAACACAGUGAGGGCUUCUCAAGCUUAUAUGUUGUUCUAUGUACAGAAAACGCUUUACUAUAAAGCAAGUGAAAAUGUGGUUUCCCCGCGAUCAGAUUAGUGGGAUAAUGGUCGAAAAUGCUUCAAUUGAACGAAGAGAUUUCCAAUGUUUUCGAUCUCCGUAUCAUGGGCAAUUUUCAAAUUUAUGGAUGAAUGCUCAAUGUUGUGUGUCGGUGAUUACCAAAAAACAAAGAAAGAGAGAGAACAAAGAGAAUAUAGAAGGAUAAAGGGAGCCUAAAUUUUUUGUGGUGUACCUUUUGGCAAUAUUGAAGGUAUAAUAGCCUAAUUUUAUGAGGUUGGUUUUGUUGGUUAAUAGCCUGUAUUUGUUGGUUUUAUUUGGUUUUUUGACUUUGUUAUUAUUGAUCGUUUUAAUGAUCACAAGAAGAUCAAACGAAUGCGGCUCGUGUAGAAGUAUAUUCCAACUUAGUUACUGCUUCGGAAAUUUUGGCUAUUUUGUAUAAUGUUAUUUCUAAUUGAUCUGC